AUGGUGACCAGCCCGCAGCGCCAGCCCCCGGCCCCCAGACCCAUGAUCGGCAGGAGGGCCCUGCGAGCCUCCUGUUCCAGAGCUCUGGAGCUGACCCCGGGCCUGUUGGACUUGGACAGCCCAGGGGAAGCCACAGGCACCUGGGGUGGGAAGAUGGAGGGGCCCUGCUUGCCUGCCCCUGGCUUCCCUCCUAGGCCCGUGGAGGUCCCUGGGGGGGCGUCCCCCCUGCGAGCAGGCCGGCUCCAAGGGGACCCCCUGCCGGAGGCCUGGCUGGCUGGCUGCAUCAGGCGGGCCUUAGGUGCCGGCUUUCCAGCCCUCUGGUCCUUCAAAGCCCAGGGUGAGAAGCAGCUGCCCGGGCCCCUGCUGUCCCCAGCAGGGGUCAGAGGUCACUCUGGCAGGAGUGGGAAGGACGGUCCCCCAGGCUCCCAGGGCUUCUGGGGCCACAAGGGCCAGAAGGGGCAGGUGGGGCUGCUGGGCGCCCCGUGCCAGCACAUCUGCUGGGCCUUCUCAGUGGGCUGGUGUGAGGGCCUGCACAGCGCCGACACCUGCCAGGCUGGGUCCUUUGACACCGAGCUGGUGAACCUGGACCGCACCUUCAGCCCGGCAGGCCGCUUCCUCUGCACCUACUCAGGCGUGUACCUCCUGAGCCUCAACAGGCACACCUGGAACUACAAGGAGACGUACCUGCAUGUCAUGUGCAGCCAGCAGGCCAUGGCUGUGCUGUAGGCACAGCCCAGGGAGCGCAGCACCAUGCAGACCCAGAGCCUGCUGGCCGCCGGGGACUCCGCCUGGGUGCGCAUGUUCCAGCGGGACCCUGACAAUGCCAUCUGCGGUGAGCACGGCAACCUCUACAUCAUCCUCAGUGGCCACCUGGUCAAGCCGGCCUCAGAGCUCUAG